AUGAUCGAAGGCAGAGCUGGCAGGAUUAUUACAGAAUUGGGACAUGCACAUGCAGUGAAUGCAUUCAUUGCUGCACUCUGCAGUUGCUUUCGUUUCGAGUGCUUGCCAAAAGGGAUUGUCCUAGCUAGGAUGACUGAUUUGAAGCUCGCAUGCCGAUGGGAAGAGCUUUCGGUGGUCCGGAAGCGCUUUCGGUUGGGGAGCCCUUGGCUCCACGCCCCCACUGGUGCUGACGGGGCAGAGUGUUUGUGUUGCACCCGUGGUGUGCAAGCAAACUACAAGAUCCUGAAUGUUAUCGUCCAGGCGGCUGAGCUAGCAAAGGUCAACCUAAAGACUUUCCAAGACGAAGUUCUGGCACUGUACAGCAAGGUUGGCUAUGUGCCCAAGGAGCCCAAUGAGGAUUAUGAUAUCGAAGUCCGAGCAGUAUUCCGUGAAAUGGCUCGUGUGAGUGGUCACGAUUACCCGGAUGAGCCAGCAUGCGAGGAGGAUGGCGAAGAUGAUGAGGGAGAGUAUGUGGAGGAAGGUGUCAUCCGUGACAGUAUACAAAGCAAGCUGCAGAUGAUCAAGGCAUUGGAGCUUGAGCUGGGCUUGCUGCCGGCCCAUGCUCCUGCCUGCACAACGACCAGCAGUCCGAGCCCCUCUACCAGUGCAGCCGCCGGCGGCAAAUCGAUUGUGAUUGAACUCGACAGCCCGCCCUCGAAGACUCGCCGUGCCAAGACUUUCAAGCAUCCCGACCACCAGGACACCCAGUCUUACGAUAUCGAUAUCGAGGAGAUCAUGAACAGCCUUCCGGCCUGUGACACCUCCAAGGACCUCAAGGUUUGCGAGACCCCGCCUCCCAAGCACAACGAUGUCGAUCCCGCCCUCAUCACACCGGAUGCCCAACGGGAGCUGAAAACAUCUCUUGAUGCUCGUGGAAGGGGCCGUGGCCGGGGCCGUGGCAAUAAGAGCAGCAACACCAAUACCGGUGACAGCAACGUGAGUGCUCGUGGAAGGGGCCGGGGCCGGGGCAAAGGACGUGGCAAAGGCCCUGCUGCAUCCGAUGAGGACAAGCCGAAGGGUAUGAAGCGAAGCAAUGCCAAGACGAGCUUUCAUAGCUCGGGUGCAUCGCAGGAUGAUAUCGUAGCGAAGAAAUCCAAAGCUUCGAAGAAGCCUUCGGCAGAUGAUGCGAAAGCGCCUGAUGAUGAUGUGGCAGCGAAGAAGCCCAGAGCUUCGAAGAAGCGGUCGGCAGACGAUGCGAAGUCGCCCGAUGAUGUGGCAGCGAAGAAACCCAAAGCUUCCAAGAAGCCUUCGGUAGAUGAUGCGAAAUCGCCCGAUGAUGUGGCAGCGAAGAAGCCGAAGGUUUCUAAAUCGCGAUCGGCAGACGAUGCGAAGUCGCCUGCAGAUGUGGCAGCGAAUCCCGAAGCUUCCAAGAAGCCUUCGGCAGAUCAUGCGAAAUCGGCAAAGGUUUCGAAGAAGCCUGCUGAUAACAAAUCCGAUGGUGCUGCCCGCACGAGGUCGAAGAAGAAUGACGGGGCCCCCGCAGCCAAAGACUUCGCUGUGGCUCUGUGGCUGCUGGCCUCGACCAGAGUCAUGGCCACAGCUGCUGUCAAGAAGGAAGCCACAGGCCUGGAGGCAGAGCUGGAGGACACUAACCCGAUGGCAGCCCCUGUGAUGCCGCCCAACACCGACCCAGAAGGCACCAGCAAGGAGACAACAGGACCGACCGGAAGCACGAACAACCCAGCAGCCGAGCCGGAAAGCACGAACAACCCAGAGCCCAAAGCUGCAGCCGAGCCGGAAAGCACGAACAACUCAGAAAGCUACACCCAGCCAGACGAGGAUCCCUACAUGCAGCCCAUGCACUUUGAGAAGCUCCUUACAGAUGACGGUGACUUGCAGGCUGCCUUGACGGCCUUGCAGACGACGAGGAGUGAACCAGUGCCACUGCUGCAUGAUCUGAUGGCUGAGGAAGCUCAGGCCAAAGAGCCAAUCCGCAUCACGGCGAGCCAGCUCGCUUGCUACGAUGCCUCUCUUCGUCGCCUUUGCAACCCGAAGAACAAAAAGAAGGCUCCACAGGUUGUGGUUCCGGAGGAGGUGAAGAAACAAUGGCUUAAAGGAGGAACCUUCAGGAAAGAGCUGCUGCAAGUUCUGAUAGAAUCUGCUGGGAAUAAGGAGAACUUCGUGCAGAAAGCAGAGUUGGUGAUCGAGAGCCGCCGGGAGAUUACUUUGAGGGUGGAGGCAGGGUGGUACAGUGAACGGGCCAUGGCCCAGGAUUUGGGCUGGACCCCGAAUGACAAGUACGAAAAAGACGUCAAAGAGUAUUGGGUCGACAUCAAGACCACAGGCGAAGUUCGUCGGACGAUGAGCGAGGUCACCAUCCGUUCGUUCGUCGUCGACAACUGCCCAGCUGCUUUUCCAGCUCCCCCGUCUAUCGGCAAAGAUGCUAUGCCCUUCAUGCCCGACGAGUCCGGUUUUGCACGUGAGGUAGAGGAGCAGGAGAGUGAGGAUAAUGAUGGCAUCGACAAGAAACCGCCCCGGAAAACCAGAGUCCCACAGGUCCCAAAACAAGAGCCGGCUAAGCAGACUACUCAGGAGGAUGACGAAGAGGACUGGCCCCUUACUCCCAAAUUUAGGUGA